AUGUCCACAAACCCAUGGACAAUCCCCGCCGACGACCUUGAACUUCCUGAAGAUGCACAUAAAGGAGGUCGUAUCGCACAAGGUGUCUGGAAGGGCAAGGCAGUCGUAGUCAAAGUUCUUUCAAAACAAGCUGAGGCGGAGCUUUUAUACGAACGGGCUGAGCUCUGGACAAGUCUUCAGCAUGAUAACGUGCUUCAGACACUGGGACUGUCGCCUGCCGACGCUGACCCACUCUACACUGUUACGCCGCACCAAACAAACGGCAAUGUGAUGGCAUACUUGAAGCAAAAUUCUGCAGUCGAUCGCGCGAAGAUUGUGCGUGGCACCGUUUCCACGUCUGUUUCGCUUUUGACACUUUCUGGCAAACAGGUCUACGACGUGGUCUUGGGCAUGCAAUACCUGCAUUCACGUGGCGUCGUACAUGGCAGUUUGAAGCCAGUUAAUAUUCUUAUCGGUCUCGAUGGCAGUGCUUGUGUAUCGGACUAUGGGAUGGUCGAGGUUCAGACCAGUGGGAGCUAUGGCCACCGAUAUUUCAGUCCAGAAGCGUGGAAGGGGACUGUGUCGCGGUCAUCUGAUGUGUAUGCGUGGGCCAUGUCGGCGCUCGAGAUAUACACAUCGACACCUCCAUGGGGAAUCUUGACCGAAAAGCAAAUUUUCCGACUUGUAGUUCAACAGGACACACGGCCUGAUAGACCAGACGAAGAUUUUGGACUCACAGAUCACACGUGGAGUGUUAUGGAGGAAUGCUGGUCUCGUGUCUCUAGACUGCGACCUACUUUCGAUAUUCUCUCGCAACUCCUUCGUUCUCAUGCAUCAACCCCGCCGUUAGCAGUGGUUCAGCGGGAGACACGGCCUCAAAUUGAUGUGACCCACUCCGAAACUUUCACCAGUUCGAUGCAACCUCCGCACCAAGAUCCCGACUUCUUUACGACCGCCGAUAGCCUUGCGUCUCUCAACCCACAUCGAAAUAGUUACGCAGCUUCUAUGAUGAGCGUACCUCCCUCUUAUGAGGCCUCUGCGUCGAGCAUCAAUCCUCUGCUCACACCUGAAUCUGCACCCCCCAGUCUCACAAAUUUUAUAGGCCCGCCUGCGCCGCCAAGUCCGGGAGCAGCGAAACGGGCUAUGAUGAAUGCUCCAUAUCGACCACCACCACCACCACAACAGCCUAACUCGCCACCGCCACCUAUAUCACCACCACCACCUCCUCCUCCUCCAACUGCCAUUCCUGAACACCUACAAUAUCUUCAACCAAGAACCAGUGAUAGUUCCAGCGCCUCAACAAGCACUGAUGAAGAUCGUUUGAGUCCGAUGUUUGCCCGUUCUCUAUCUGUAAGUUCUUCAUCAACACCGCCUGACACUCCGAGCUCCCCGUGGACGGGUGAACGACGGUUAACGCCGUCUUCUUCCGUCCGAACCACCUCUUCUGGUGCUUCUUCACGUUCAUAUCGUUCUUCCGGAUCAGGAUCCGGAACAUCUCGGCAUGUUCCGGAGCGACUUCAUUCGAUCGGCACGAUUGGCGAAGAGCAAGCGGAGCCGGUCGCCUAUGUAGAACCGUCCCCUCCUUUGCAAACACCACGGACUAGCAGGAUGCCUCCGUCGGUCUACUCACAGGCAACGAGAACUCCCAAUUCACGACACACAAGUGCUUUCCCUUUCCAAUAUAGUCCAGGUAGCAUCGCCGACAGAGAAUACCACCAUGCAUACGCCGAAUCAGUACGAAGUCAGCCCAGCACAAUCGGGGGCACAGCCCUCAAUGCUAGUUUGCUCGCUGGUGCACUGCUUACUGAGGUCAAGGAAGGCCGGAAGAGGGAGGUUAUUGAUGAGUACUUGGGCAAAAUCUACGUCAUCGGACUGCGGUCGCAAAAGGACGUCCAACAACUUGUCACCGCAGGUCUUAUACCCACUUUAAUAACCCUCCUCAAGACGCGCGCUGUCGAUGGCAUUGGACUGGAGCCUGUCUUGUUUGUACUUGGUUUACUUUCGCAUGAUUCUAUUACUGCGAAUACGAUCUUCCGCACCAGCAGCACAGCAACCUUUAUCCAAAUACUCGAUGCUGCCCAGUCGGAUGAGAUUGCUGCUCUUGCUGUAUGGUGCCUUACACGAAUAGCACGGAGUCCAGAAGUCGCCAGUGGGCUACUCAAACAAAACGUUGCCAAAAUUUUAGUCAACAAGGGUCUCAAAGGUGGACCGCGAACCUCACGCAUCUCUGCCUGGUGCAUUGGAGCACUCGUUCGGUCAGACUCGAUUGCAGACACACUGGCGGACGGGGGCAUGGCAAAUUCGCUGUCAGAACAUUUGCGACGGGUGCAAGCCUCCGUUGAGACCGGUCCAGACGACUGCAGCAGCAUCUUGUACGCUGUCGCACGACUUUCGAGGUCAAUCAAAAUUGCAAAAACUUUGGCGCGAGGCGGGACAGUUGAAGUGCUGGCCCAUAUACUACUGACCGGCACGGAAGCUCAGGUCCUACAAUUUGCUGCUAGGGCAGUUGGAUGCCUGAUGCGACCAAAUAGUGGGGAUAUGGCUCGGACCUUGCUCGACGCUGGAAUUGCGAGAGGGCUGGCGAGGCUGCCGAGUGUUCUUCCUCCAGACCAACUAGAUCCGCUGGGUGCCCUUGCAUUUGCUGUUCAACGAUUCUCUUGUGCGGAAUGGGGUGGAGGGACCAGGAAAGCGCUUGUCGAUGCUGGAGUGGUUGAUUCUCUGUUAGCAGCGAUCCGAACUGCGGCAGACGAAGAUUGCCCUCAAGUUCAUAUCGAACUCGCGUAUGCUAUUGCUCUGCUGAGUGAUGUUGGUGGAACGGCGAUUCGAAAAGAGAUAGUCAACGCUGGAGGCAUCGACAUCCUGAAGCACAUAGCAGCAUCGCCCACAGUGAAGCCAGAGGUGGCGAAAGCGUGUAAUCUUGCCGUGACGAGUAUCACAGGCAAUGUCUGGUCAAGAAAUGCUGCCAGUGCGAAAGCUGCCUAUGCGCACGAAUGGAGUGGAGGAUGUCCGGAUUUUGUGCCAGACUGUCCAGUACUGGCGCUGGAAGAUGUGUAG